AUGGCGUCUUCUUCUGCUUCUACGACUUCAUGCUCGCCCUUUACCCAGGCCGUGGUGGGCGCUAUGCGAAAGCUCUACCCUGAAGAGCUGGCAGACAAGAGCUUCGACAAUACAGGCUUACUUCUUGAAGCUCCCUUUGAGCCCACGCGCCGACAAAAAAACUCGGUCCUGCUGGCCAUCGACUUGACUACCGCUGUGGCAGAUGAAGCCAUCAAGCGACAGGACUCUGCUAUUGUCGCCUAUCAUCCCAUCAUCUUCCGUGGCCUCAAGUCCAUCACUCUGGCCGACACUCAACAGCGCUCACUCCUCCGGCUGGCCCAACAUGGAAUCAGCGUCUAUUCUCCCCACACAGCCGUCGACACCGUCCCCAACGGCAUGGCCGACUGGCUGUGUGACGUGGUGACGUGCAACUUCUCCCGGUGCUCCUCCUCGCCAAUUGAUGGACUCAAGCCCAGUAUCCAAACCUGCUCCUCCAGCUUCUACUCUGCACCAACCUACCCGCAACCUCACGCCGUGCCAUCCACUACCAACACCGAGAGCGACAUUUCCUCCUCCUCCCCCUCAUCCUCAUCUCCUCCUCAACAGAUGCCUCACUCGCGCUCAACCAUUCACCCGUCCCCCUCGGCGUCUAUUCCCGACGGCUUCGAGGGUGCGGGCGCAGGCCGCCUCGUCACGUUCGAGUCCGCUCAGCCUCUCACCACUCUAAUCGAUAACAUCGGUCGAGGCGUCGGUCUCCAACCCGGCAUCCCCAUCGCCAUCCCCCAGGGUCAAUCCGUAGACUCCAUUCAGAUCCGAACAGUAGGAAUGUGUCCCGGUUCCGGAUCAGGCGUCCUUCUUCGCGGCGGGCAGAUUCCCGAUCUGCUGUUCACCGGAGAAAUGAGUCACCACGAGACUCUUGCCGCCACGGAGCGGGGAUCCGUCGUGAUCUCCCUGGCCCAUUCGAAUUCCGAACGAGGCUAUCUCCGUGCCGUGAUGCAGUCGAAAUUGAAGGGCGAGUUGUCGCGGCGCUGGGAAACCGAGCGGGCGGCGGCGCUCAAGGCCAUGCAGGAAAGUGCGAAACAGGGUGGUGCGGCGCCUUGGACGUCAGCGGAGGAUGUGUAUGCGGAUGAAACGGUGGAUGUGGCGGUGAGUGAGGCCGAUCGUGAUCCGUAUGGAAUCAUGAUCUGGCGGGCCUAG